AUUUUGAGGGAGAAACGUCAGAAGCUCAGAAAGAUCGUGUAAUAACGAGUGAAAUAAACUUUAAAAGUGUCGAAACUGUUUUUAGCAAUCGUUUAAAUCUCACUUGAGAUCUGCUGCGCAAGGACAGAAUGAGGAAAAGUGAGAUCCAUGCAGCAGAGUCUGUAUCAUGUUUGAACAAGGCUCUCAAUCAGCUGAGGGAUAUUUGGGAGGAGAUCGGCAUCCCAGAAGACCAGAGACUACAGCGCACUGAUGCCGCUCACAUGCACAUCAAGAACUUGCUGGACAUGAUGAUCGCAGAGGAGGAGGGGCUGAAGAAGCGCUUGAUGACCAGUAUUGAGGCCUGCAGGAAAGAAAUGGCCAGCUUGUGUGAAGAGCUUCAGGUGCCUGAAUGUCAGGAGGAGCACGGCCUCACAAUGCUGCAGUUUGAGAAGGACCUCCGUACACAGGUGAAGAUUAUGCUGAAAGAGAAGAGUUCUCGUCAGAGCGAGCUCAAGUCUCUGAUUCAGCAGGAUCAAGAUCUGUGUGACAUUCUGUGUGAAGACCUCUACCCCAUCCACCCCGACGGAGUGCCGUCACAACAGGAGCUGCAGAACUACAGGCAGCACAUCGCCAACCGCAACCAGGAGAAGGAGCGUCGGCAUGCAGAGUUUGUGGAAAUAAAGCGUCAAAUCACUGUACUAAUGGAAGAUCUGGAGCAGCUUCCUGACAGCACCUUCGAGAGAGAUGCUGUAUGUGAGGAUGAAGAGGCCUUCUGCCUUUCUACAAAAAACAUCAGCUCACUCAAAGUGUUACUGUUGCAGCUGGAAACUCGUAAAGAUGAGAGUGAAGCGCUGUGUGUUUCUGUUCGUGGUCGUAUCGAGGAGUUGUGGGAGAUGUUGCAGGUUUCUGUCGAAGAGAGAGAGACCAUCAUGCGACACACACACACCAGCAUAAAGAGCCAUUUGAAUGCACUGCAGGUGGAGCGCCAACGCUUGGAGGAUCUGAAAACGAAAAACAUUGAGUGUGUCAUUCAGAAGAUAAGAGUGGAGAUUGUAAAGUUUUGGGAGAAAUGUUACUACAGUCGGGAGCAGCGGCAAGCCUUCACACCAUACUACAUUGAUGAUCUGGACGAGGAGGUGUUGCAUGAACACGAGCUGGAAUUGGAACGUUUGAAACGGGAUUAUACGGAACACGGCGAGCUGUACGACGCCAUUUUAACCUGGAGCAGCAACUGGACUCUGUAUCAGGAGCUAGAGAAAAAAGCCACAGACCCAUCUCGCUUUAACAACAGAGGAGGAAACCUGUUGAAAGAGGAGAAACAGAGAGGGGACCUGCAGAAGAGUUUGCCGAAGCUGGAGAAGAGACUGAAGGCUCAGAUUGACCAAUGGGAAGCGGCGCACGGUAAAGAGUUCCGCAUGAACGGACAGCUGUUCAUGCAGUAUGUUGAAGACCAGUGGAAUCAACACCAUAUAGAGAAAGAGAGAGAGAAGCAGGAACGGCAAAUGAAGAAAAUAAAACAGACAGAGGCAGAUUUGCUGUAUGGCACCGUUAUCAAAACCCCCACCAAGAGAAGACUUGCAGCAACCCCGACACCAGGCAAAAUGCGCAAGCUGAACUCCACCUCUAGUAUAUGCUCCACCCCCAACACGCCACGCCACUCCACAUGCCCCUCCUCUGCUAUGAGACCGCCCCUUUCCACUAGCAAGUUGGCUGUGCGAACACCCGCUCGUGGCCGAACUCCUCGUGGUCUGGAGAGAAAUAAAGAGAAUAUUUCGCAUCUAAGUGGAGCGCUGCGCACUAUGACUGCCAGCCCUAAUAGAAACUACUCCAUCACAUCUGUGGCCUCCUCCUACUCUGAGUUUGCGGAUUCAGAAUCCACUGCAGUAUCCAGCGGGAGCUCUCAAGUGCCUCUAAAUCCAACGUCAAGACUGGAGUUUUGAACUCCACCGUCACACGCUGAAUGCUGGUGGAGCAAACCUGCUUGGCCGAACAUGUGACCUACAUCAAUGAAGACAAAAAAAGCUUCUAGAUAUUGAAUGUAAAUAAUCAUGUAUUUGUAGCAGAAUUGUAAAUAUUUUAGCUCUGCAUUUUACCCUUUUCUCUUGAUCUUUUCCCCCCUUUAUUUAACUGUUCUUUUAUAAAUGAAUGAUUUUCUGUUUUUAUAAAAACUGUUAACUCUGAUCUUAUAACUCUGAUACAAAUUAUUUUUCGUUUGUACACUAAAAUCAAGAGUUUUGAUGCAUUUAGGGAUUUUCAGCAUUUUUUUUCUUUAAUUUUACAGCAACACUAUUUUAACUGGCAUCACUCCUUUGAAUAUUGCUGCUUAUAUAGUGGUUGGCAACCUGUAAAUAAAUAUUUGUUUGCA